AUGGCAGCUGGUCUCGUGGACUUUACGCCAUUUCACAGCUUGGCCGGCGGGCUGAUGAUGGCCGCAUCUUUACAUACUUUGCUCUCCAAGUUAGGUCUGGUGCUCGGAAUCUCGGGCUUCUUUCAUUCCACCGUUUCUUCGACAUUGAACGCGGUCAGCAGCUCCCCUCAGAGUACCAAAGCAACUUCUAAGACGUCAACAUCCAUUUUUCCGCCGGUGGCUCGCUAUUUUACUGCUGGCAUUUUCCUCGGAGGUGUCGUUCUGGGCCUGACGCGCUCCAGCGUUGAGGCAGGGCUCGGUAUCUCGAUCCUGGACGAUCCGAGCAGUGCCAAGCCUGCCUCGCUGCUUCUCAUGGCUGGAUUGGGAGCGCUUGUUGGAUUCGGCACAAAGCUUGCCAAUGGCUGUACUUCCGGACACUUCCUUUGCGGGCUCUCUCGCUUCUCGCUCAGAUCGUUGGUAGCCACUGCUACUUUCUUUGGCGUUGCUGUGCUCACUCACGUCUCAAUCGCUUCUCCGUCCUUGUUACAAAAGGCUACAGCCAACUCUAGCUUCUUUGACCAUCUCCCGACAAAAUUUCCGCAGCCGAGCUUCCUCACGCUGCUUGCCCUCCAGGUACCUGCGCUUGUCUACAUGAAUGCGCCUCAUGUCAUUGGUACUACAGAUACCUCGGUAGGCCCGGAGAAGAAAAGAGCUGGUCAGCUCUUGGCAGCCAAAGUCAUGGCGUUCGCUGUCGGUGUUCAUUUCAGCUUUGCGCUUGGUGUUAGCGGUAUGAUGAGACCAUCAAAGGUGCUCGGCUUCCUCUCAUUGUCGCCUGCUCUCAUUUCUUCCGGUGCUUGGGAUCCAUCCCUCGCUAUGGUGGCCAUUGGCGGCAUCAUCCCUGCCUCAAUAGCGUAUUUUCGGCAGGUCAAACCCAAGCAGGAUGAGCUUCGCCGACGCGCCACUCAAACGGAAUCUAAAAAGGAAUCUGACAAGCAGCUGUCUCGGCACCAGCCCGAGCUGUUUCUUGUGGCCCCGGAAUGGCGCACGCCGGCCGACCCUUCCAAGGUCGAAAUAAGGCUCGUAAUUGGAUCCAUCCUUUUUGGCCUGGGCUGGGGAUGGACUGGUUUCUGUCCCGGCCCAGCACUUGUCUCUCUAUCGUCUCUUGGCGUUCAAGGCACCUGGUCGAGUGUCACGGAUCUUCUUGCCUUUGUCGCCGCUAUGGCAGUUGGCGGUCAAAUCGCUGGCCUCUUAUAA